UUUUUCAAUGGUCAGCUUGGCCUCCAUCAGGUGGUUGUUGAGCACGAUGAUCUCUCUGCUCAGGGCUCUCUUCUCGUCGUCAUGGUGCUGAGACUGAGGAAAGAAAAGACUCAUGUCAGACUCAAAUCAGAAUCACGUUGCAAACUUUUUUUUUUCAUGUAAUGUAGCCAAUUCCCAUUUGGUUGGGAGGGCUGUGGGGUCAGAUGAGAUCUGCAUUUGGUUGGGAGGGCUGUGGGGUCAGAUGAGAUCUGCAUUUGGUUGGGAGGGCUGUGGGGUCAGAUGAGAUCUGCAUUUGGUUGGGAGGGCUGUGGGGUCAGAUGAGAUCUGCAUUUGGUUGGGAGGGCUGUGGGGUCAGAUGAGAUCUGCAUUUGGUUGGGAGGGCUGUGGAGUCAGAUGAGAUCUGCUGUAAAUUAGACAGACAUACAGGGACGGAAUUAGAACAUAAUUUGCAAAUAUAUAUAUUUUUUAUACAUUAUAUUAUCACUAUUUUGAAUUGCUUGUGUAUGACCCAUUUGUUUUCUAUUACUAUAGGGGAGGGGGCACAGCAUGAGAACGGAGGAGAACCCAAGCUGAAUGUCAUAUCAUGAGUAAUCUGCUUAAUUGCUUACACAUAACUUAAAAUUUUCUAAAAGUACACUACCAUUCAAAAGUUUGGGGUCACUUAGAAAUGUCCUUGUUUUCGAAAGAAAAGCAUUUUUUUUGUCCAUUAAAAUAACAUCAAAUUGAUCAGAAAUACAGUGUAGACAUUGUUAAUGUUGUAAAUGGCUAUUGUAGCUGGAAACAGCUGAUUUUUAAUGGAAUAUCUACAUAGGCGUACAGAGGCCCAUUAUCAGCAACCAUCAGUCCUGUGUUCCAAUGGCACAUUGUGUUUGCUAAUCCAAGUUUAUCAUUUUAAAAGGCUAAUUGAUCAUUAGAAAACCCUUUUGCAAUUAUGUUAGCACAGCUAAAAACUGUUGUGCUGAUUAAAGAAGCAAUAAAACUGGCCUUCUUGAGACUAGUUGAGUAUCUGGAGCAUCCGCAAUUGUGGGUUCGAUUACAGGCUCAAAAUGGCCAGAAACAAAUAACUUUCUUCUGAAACUCGUCAGUCUGAAACUUGUUCUGAGAAAUGAAGGCUAUUCCAUGCGAGAAAUUGCCAAGAAACUGAAGAUCUCGUACAACGCUGUGUACUACUCCCUUCACAGAACAGCGCAAACUGGCUCUAACCAGAAUAGAAAAAGGAGUGGGAGGCCCCGGUGCACAACUGAGCAAGAGGACAAAUACAUUAGAGUGUCUAGUUUGAGAAACAGGCGCCUCACAGGUCCUCAACUGGCAGCUUCAUUAAAUAGUACCCGCAAAACACCAGUCUCAACGUCAACAGUGAAGAGGCAACUCUGGGAUGCCGACCUUCUAGGCAGAGUUGCAAAGAAAAAGCCAAAACUCAGACUGGCCAAUAAAAAGAAAAGAUUAAGAUGGGCAGUCUGAGAUAUGGCUUUUUCUUUGCAACUCUGCAUAGAAGGUCAGCAUCCCGGAGUCGCCUCUUCACUGUUGACGUUGAGACUGGUGUUUUGCGGGUACUAUUUAAUGAAUCUACCAACAUCUGUAAUGAUGCAUGUAUGUGCAAUUCAGAAUGACUAUAUAAUCUUGAGACUCAGAAGAAGAAUUUGCCUUUUAGCCAUCAGGCCUUUCUUGCCAUCAUGCUUUUAGCUGAUGUUUGCCACCAGGGCUAUUAUACCAUGCUGUUUAGCCUCUGGUGCUAUUAGCCUUUGUAUUCUCACAUGACUACCUCACAUGACUACCUGUACCCCAAAGCUCUGUGGCUUUGAGUGUUCUUAUCAGAAUUACAGCUACAGGCUUCACCAAGUCAACCGUAUCAGAAAUUACAGCUACAGGCUUCACCAAGUCAACGUAUCAGAAAUUACAGCUACAGGCUUCACCAUGACGGAUUGUACCUCUGAAAAAGUUUUACAAAAAAAUACUCAACUAGGUGAAAGCUCACCAAGACAGCCCCUGCCUUAACUUGGCAUUGUGUGCAGCUGUUCCCCCAAUAAUGAAUUAUCCACAUACCAGUUGAAGAUUGUCCAGUAGUUAGACAUUAAGUUGCGUCAUCUACAGUAGUGGCUUCUAUAUUGUACCAAUGAACUGUCUGGGGCUUCUGACUGAUGCAGAAUAACCUUGCCACGUCCUAGGAAUCUCUGGCACUCCCUGGAAUCAAGAUGGUUGAAUUUGGCGAUAUGCUGAUUAACGUUGGAGACUUUGGAUUGUUCCAGAAGCUUAUACUGUUUGGACUAUGUCUGCCGAACCUCAUCCUCCCAGUCCUAUUCGCUAGUUUUCUUUUUGUCCAGACAGACCCUGAGCGCCACUGUAACACUGACUGGAUCCUUAGAGCUGGUGCUAAUCUGAGCAGUGAGGAACAGCUGAAUCUGACCGUGCCCCGGGAGCAGCAUGGAGCCUUCAUUAGGUGUCUGAUAGUUGAUCAAGUGGCCUGGGACAUUAACACCGUCAGGGAGAAUGGACUCAAUCAAACCACUGAGUGCCAGAAGGGAUGGGUCUACAACAAGAUACUGUACAAAACCACCAUAGUCACUAAUUUUGAUCGGGUUGGGGAGAAAAGUUCAUUUAGUCGUAGUCGCACAAACUGUGUUCAUGGUUCACCUACCAGUGCUUCUCAUGCACAUGUUUACUGUGAAGACAGGCCUGUCUGCAAACCUGUAUGUGUACCUGGUAUGCCAGUUUAUACUAGCGGCUGCACUAGGAGGAUAUCAGAUCAACAGCACUAUAUUAGCCACUGAAUGGAUUGGAAUGACCAGGCGAUCCUUUGCCUCCUGUCUAAACCAGAUGUUUGCUGGUGUUGGACAAUGUGUCCUGGCUGGUUUAGUGUGCCUCAUCUGGGACUGAAGAAUGGCCCAUUAUGUGAUGGUGGCACAACAGGCACUGUUUCUCAUUUACAUAUGGUUUAUUCCGGAAUCAGCAAGGUUGUCACGCUCGUUGAGUACAGGAUUGGACCAAGGUGCAGCGUGGUAUGCGUACAUGUUUAUUAGAACGAAUAAACACUCAACAAAAACAACAAAAGCAACGUAACGUGAAGCUCACAAUGGCUAUACACAAACAAGCCAAAACAAGAGUCAAGAUCCCACAACUAAGGUAGACAAAAUGGCUGCCUAAGUAUGAUCCCCAAUCAGAGACAACGAUCGACAGCUGCCUCUGAUUGGGAACCACACCCGGCCAACAUAGAAAUACAAUAUCAUAGAUAUACACAUAGAAAUUCACACCCUGACCAAACCAACGAGAAACAACAGGCAUUUAAAGGUCAGGGCAUGACAGUACCCCCCCCAAAAGGUGCGGACUCCGGCCGCAAAACCUAACUUAACAGGGGAGGGUCCGGGUGGGCAUCUAGCCUCGGUGGCGGCUCUGGCUCCGGGCGUGACGUGACGUCCUCUCCCUUACUGCCUCCCCGUUGCACCCCUGGUCCGGUCUGGACCUCGGCGCGAUGCUUCCCCUCUCAGUCCUCCCACGAUGCACCAAGCCCUGUCUGGACCCUGGUGUGGGAGGCCCCGACCCUGGAGAGGGGCCGAUGUCUGGGCCUGGACCGGCAAUCCCCCCGCGAUGCACCAAGCCCUGUCUGGAUCCUAGUGUGGGAGGUUGACGUCUGGUUCUGGAGUGGAGCCGCUGACCGGAGCUGAACUGGACCCCGGUGGAACGGUCUGCUCUGGCUCUGGACUGGAGCAGCUGACCGGGAAUGGACUAGGCACCGGUAGAGCGGACUGCUCUGGCUCUGGACUGGAGCAGCUGACCAGAGCUGGACUGGGCCCCGGUGGAGCGGACUGCUCUGGCACUGGAGUGGAGCAGCUGACCGGAGCUGGACUGGGCACCGGUGUAGCGGACUGCUCUGGCACUGGAGUGGAGCAGCUGACCGGAGCUGGAAUGGGCACCGACUGGAGUGGAGCAGCUGACCGGAGCUGGACUUGGCACUGGUGGAGUGGACUGCUCUGGCACUGGAGUGGAGCAGCUGACCGGAGCUGGACUGGGCACCGGUGGAGCGGACUGCUCUGGCACUGGAGUGGAGCAGCUGACCGGAACUGGACUAGGCACCGGUGGAGCGGACUGCUCUGGCACCAGCCGUACCGGGCUGGGGACACGCACCACUGGUCUGGUGCGAGGAACAGGCAUGGGCCGCACCGGGCUGGGAACACGCACCGCUGGUCUGGUGCGAGGAGCAGGCACGGGCCGUGCCGGACUGGAGACACGCACCACUGGUUUGGUGCGAGGAGCAGGCACGGGCCGUACCGGACUGGAUACACGCACCACUGGUUUGGUGCGGAGAGCAGGUACGGGGCGUACCGGGCUGGCGACACGCACCACUGGUUUGGUGCGGGGAGUAGGUACGGGGCGUACCAGGCUGGGGAGGCGCACUGGUGACACAGUGCGUAGAACCGGAGCAGGAUAUACUGGACCGUGGAGGCGUAUUAGAGGUCUGGAGUGUAAAGCUGGCACAACCCAUCCUGGCUGGAGGCCCACUUUCGCAUGACACGUGCGGGGCGCUGGCACAGGACGCACUGGGCUGUGAACGCACACUGGCGACACAGUGCGUAGGACUGCCGCAGGAUAUACUGGACCGAGGAGGCGCACUGGAGACCAGGAGCGUUGAGCCGGCACAACCCGUCCUGGCUGGAGGCCCACUUUCGCACGACACAUGCGGGGCGCUGGCACAGGACGCACUGGGCUGUGAAUGCGCACUGGCGAAACAGUGCGUAUCUCCGCAUACCUUGGUUCCUCAAUGAACACACGCUCCUUUUGUUGCCUGACCAGCUCCUCUCUCCGUGCAUCCACUACUUCCUUCUCCCUACGGGCCUCCUGCAGCGCCUCCUCUUGAAGGGAGCUCUCCUGCUCUAACCUCGCCAUCAGCCCCCAUAAUGUGGUGGCCUCCUCUCUUAAACUGCUGAUCUGCAGGUCUUGGAGGACCUCUAAAAUAGCGGCCUCCUCCUAUACAGUCAGCCCUUUCACGGCCUCCUGCUGCUUUGUCGACCACCCCGUGUGCCCCCCAAAAUGUUUUCUUGGGGUUGCCUCUCGGGUCUCCUUCGUCGAUUCGCAUUUUGGAGUCGCCGUCUUUUCUCCCUCGCUGCCUCUGUUUGCUCCCAAGGAAGGCGAUCCAUACCUUCCUGGAUCUCCUCCCAUGUCCAUGAUCCUUUUCCUUCCAGUAUCUCCUCCCAUGUCCAGGUUUCUUGCUUUUCCGGGCCACGCUGCUUGGUCCGUUGGUGGUGGGAUCUUUUGUCACGUUCGUUGAGUACAGGAUUGGACCAAGGUGCAGCGUGGUAUGAGUACAUGUUCAUUAGAACGAAUAAACACUCGACAAAAACAACAAAAGCAACGUAACGUGAAGCUCACAAUGGCUAUACACAAACAAGCCAAAACAAGAGUCAAGAUCCCACAAUUAAGGUAGACAAAAUGGCUGCCUAAGUAUGAUCCCCAAUCAGAGACAACGAUCGACAGCUGCCUCUAAUUGGGAACCACACCCGGCCAACAUAGAAAUACAAUAACAUAGAUAUACACAUAGAAAUUCACACCCUGACCAAACCAACGAGAAACAACAGGCAUUUAAAGGUCAGGGUGUGACAAAGGUGGUAACUUGGUCGGGGGAAAACUAAAGAAGCUAACGAGUUGAUUCUUAGAGUUGCAGCGAUCAACAAACGCACAGUUCCAAAUACUCUACUGGAGGUGACUGAGGUGAGGAAAAUACAUAAAUGAGGCAUCAAAGUCCUAUUUACUUCACAUGAAGAAAAUAUUUCCUUAUUUUAUCAUUUGGAUGGUUUGCAUUGAACCUUCUGCCUCUCUCUAAAUGUUGGGACAUUUGGCUUGGACAUCUUUCUGGUACAGCUGAUGUUCAGACUCACAGAAACACCAGCUCACUUUCUCUGUAUUUGGUUCUUGGAAGUUUUGGGGAGAAAAAUAUCCCUGAUAUCCACCCUUGUGUUUGUCUGUCUGCUCACCCUCACUGUCCCACAAGACAGUGCCGUUUCUAUUACUGCUCUUGCGACCACUGGAAGGUUCUUCAGGAACUGGGCUGGUUCGGUUUGCAUGGUCUACAUUCAGGAGCUGUUACCCACGUCUGUCAGGCAAACAGCCACUGGCUUGGGGUCAAUAGCGUUUCGGCCAUGUACCACUGGUCCAUCCCUACUAUAGUGUUCAGCAGCCUGUCAUUGACUGCUGGAACUCUGGUCUUCCUGAGACCCGGAGAACAGAACUUCCUGACUCUACAGAUGAGGCCGAAGGGAAGAGGAAUGUGA